UUUGAGCGGCACACUACGCCAUCUUGAGCUCCACACCUCUCGCCUUUCAGCGCAUCUAGGACAAAAUUGCGCGGUCGCACCGCAAUUCAGAAUGUCAGAUUCGUCGUCAUCACGCAGCGGGGGCGUGUUGGGCAAGCUGUUCUCCUCCACCGCGAACAAUGAUUUUGCGCUGCCCUCUUCGCUGAACAAGGUUGCACCAGAUCGGCCCUCACCCGCUUCCAUGCGUCCUUCCUUCCAAACCACUCCGAGAGAACACUCCCCGAGCACAGGUCCUCCACGAUCAGCGGGAUCCACGAGCGCCGCAACUCCAAUGAUGCUCAACCAAUCUCAAGCGCCAUCCGCGUAUGCAGCCUUUAGCGGGCCAGGACGGCCUCCAACGGAUAGGAGAGGUAGCGAGCCGGUGUUGCACGCAGCGUCUAGUGCAUCACUCCCUUUGCCAGGGGCCAGUCUCAUUGGGCCUCCCCGCAGGCCCCCUAAGCCGGAUGCUUUGCGCAUCAAGAAACCAAAGGCAAAGGCUCUCAGCAUUUCACUACUUUCCGGCUCAAGUCCGUCCACGGCGCCUCGCGAAGGCUCUUCAUCAACACCUGCCACACCUUACGGCGCGAGUACCGAUCUGCUUGGCCUGCCCCAACCAGCUGCAGCUCGCAAUGGCUUCAACGUCUCUGUGCUCCCUGGCCCGAAAUCAGCGGGGCACCGCAGACCUUCACCGAGAAUGGAACAGGCGGCAUUCCCUCAGCGCAGUCACAGUGCGCUUGGAUACAACGAUGCGCAGGAAGAGGAGUUGAUAGAUGAGGAACUGGGCGCUGGUAGGAAGCGCAAGUCCUCCGCUCGUUUGUUGAACGUGCUCGCCUCGCGCGGGGGCGCGACAUCUGGAGCCUUUGUUCACGAUGACGUCCACAUCAUAUCGAGAUCCACCGCCUCUUCUGAAGGAGCAGUGACAGCUCCUCCGCGUGCAUCGUCCAGCAGUAUUCGAGAUCAACAAGUGGCAGGCCCUCAGCCUCCCCCUCCCCCUAGCACCAAAGCACGCCCGCCCAACUUGCCAGAUCGACUUCCAAAUGCUGCAGAGAGCACCUUCCUUGACUCGGUCGCAGACUCAAGUGUGUCUCGGCCCUCUGUCGAAAUUACAGACUGGGAGCAGCACGAGACAGGAAAUGAUCACCUCGCCCAACAGCGUUCUCGAUCUCGAGAGGGACAAGCAUCUCCUCCGCAGCAGACGGAACAGCCCACAGUCGUCCAUCCCCAGCUACAGCCCCGACGCAAGUUUAGCAUGAGCAGCCUGCUUGAAGCAGCUCCUCGAUCCAUUGCAAACGCGCGCUCGGGAGCAGAGGGCGUCAACACUGCCGCUUACGCAGCCUUUCCUUCAGCUGCUCUACCGCAAGCGAGAUUGCGGCCAGCUGCGCAGCAGCAUGGAGGCAGUGACGCCUUGGGUAUUCCAUACGCGACAGGGGGCGCACCUGCAUCUGCGAAGAACAAGAGGAGGUCGCCAGGUGUGGAUGGCCCAUUAGUCGACUCCAAGGACCGCGCCGGUGCUUCACUUUUGAUGAUAGAUUCUGGGCAUCCUCACGGCUCAAAUCGGAACCGGCAGCCGCCAAUCUCACCAGGAGCGCAAAGGGCUCCCGCGCAGUCAGGAAGCAACAUCACUUCGGCAGCCGCACCGGCAAGUCGCAAGGCUUCAGCGCUCGCUGGUCUAUCAAGCAAGUUCAUGCGAAGUACAGAUAGAUUAGCAGAUGGGGGAGAUGAUAGGAACAUUGCUUCUUCUCCCACGCUGAUUGCUCCCCCGCCGCGACACAAGCUCGCCAAGAGCUACACGCGAGAUGGACAGCCUGGAGGAGGGCAAAUUAGUCGCAAAGGUGACUGGGAACCGUUGGCGGCCUCCCAAAGUGGGGGUGUGGCUCACACAAUAGGGCAGAUUGGAGCAGCUGUCGGCAAGAAAGGUUUGGGCAUGAUGAGGAGCUGGAAUUCAAGCCAACAAGGCAACCCUGCCUCGACCCCGGAGCUUUCCAGCCAGCCUGGCGCAUCUAGCGCAUCGCAGUACGUCGAUAAUGAAGCGACGCGAAGGUGGAACAAUGCUACCGAUCCUGAUGUCGCCUUGCCACCUAGAGGGAGCUCCGCACGACUUGCACCGGCAAUGCAUGGGGGCGUGUUCGCUGUUCCGCUGCGGGACGCCGUACUCCGCACCCGGCUCCUAGAUGCUGAGGCUGGCAUAAGCGUCAAUCCGACCUUGCGCUCCAACCCAAGUACGACACCGCGUCCCCUCACCCAGCUGGAAGAUCUCGAUCUGGGACUCGACUUUUCGGUGCCGAUGCCAGCUUCUUCUAGUGAUUCGAUGAUCGAAUGGCGUUCGUCACGAUUCGUAGGCAGCCCUACUCUAUCCGCAUUGCCACCUGCCGCUGCGUCGCAGGCCGAAGCAAGAAGGAGGUAUAUGCCCGCGGUCGUCGUACGCUGUCUGGAGUCUCUCGAAAGAUGGGGAUCCGACGAGGAGGGCAUCUAUCGUAUUUCGGGCAGGAGCAGUCAUACGACCAAGCUCAGACUCAUUUUUGAUCGUCCUGGAGGCGAUCUGGAACUGCAAGACAUUGGACCAGCAGACCUGGACUUGAAUAGUGUCUCGAGCUUGCUCAAGCAUUAUCUUAGAGAGCUGCCCGAAUCCCUGCUGACGCAGAAGCUGGCAAGGUCAUUCGACGAGGCGGCAGCCAACGCCACUGGGUCGUGUGCCACUUCAGGUAAUUCCUCCGGAGGUCCUGGCGGAUUGGCAAUGGGCAUGUUUGGAGCCUCGCCUGUCGAUCGCCCACACAGCGCAAUGCACCCAGAUCAGCACUCUCUCGCUAUGGCGCAAGCCGUGGCGCCUAUCAUGCCCCGCUUACCGGUGUGCAACUGGUACCUCUUGCGAGAGAUUACGCACCACUUGUCCAAGCUUUGUCAGCCGGAAGUGGUGGCGCGGACCAAAAUGCCUCUCAACAAUCUCGGUUUGGUACUGGCGCCCACUCUUGGCCUCAGCGUGGGCAUGAUGCGAGCACUCAUCCAGCACCACGCCAUCGUCUUCUCCGCCGGUGGACCGACUGAAAAUGAUGAGCAGCUCGGUGCGCCGGAGGGCUCGGUAGUGACGCUCGCUCGCGCGGCAGAGGGGCACAGGAGCGCAGAUCACAUGUUGCUAGCUGAUGCGUCGAGAAGAGCUGUACGUCCCUCUACAAGCCCCGGCUUCGAGCCUGAAGUAGCGCCAGGACUGUUGACCGUCAGUCGAUCCAGCGAUGCAAUCGACAAGCGAGACUCGAACAGCAGCGUAGCAACGCUCCGCGCGGCUCUAGAAAACAUGUCUCCAAGGACCGCCCAAUACCCGCAAGCUUUGGAAGAUGAUCCUGACAGUACGGCGGCACCCAUCGCUGCGCGAUUCACCCGAUCACGUGCAGCAUCGAAUGCCAGCGCCUUGACCUCGUUCACUUCCGGGUGGUCGGUUGCGGAGCUGCCGCCCUCACCAAUGCUGACUCAUCAACGUCUUGACAGCAAUGGAAGUAGCGUUGAAGUUGGCAAGCAGCCUGGGUCGACAUCUUCGCAGCUCGUGUCGCAGGUGUCGCCCUCUCCCUCUUCAUCUUUCAGCACAGGUACUGGGGCGCAUCUGCCAGCUGCCUGGGAGUCGAGCAGCAACAGCUCGUCUUCACGUCGCACUAGCGAAGAUGGCGAGAUGGGCGACGGCUAUCGCAAAGGUAGCAACACGGGCCCUGCAUCUCACACUUCGCACUCGUCCUCGAUCGACAGGCCGCGACCCCUAACGAGUGGCAACAAUCGCUUCUUUGCCAACAAGAAUGGCCAAAAAGCCGCUCCAAUCGUUACGCGCUUCCGCAGUCAGACCACGGCUUCCCCCGAUGUCACUUCUCCCAGGCGUCUUCCACCUUUGCAGCCGACUGGACUCAGCGUCUCCCACAGCUCGCCCAGCAAUGGACCAUCCUCUUUGCCGGACACGGGGCCGGAGCUGAGCAUGCGGCAAGGUCUAGGCCACAGUUCUGCAGCCAUCGCAGGCCGAUCUGACCCUGCACAAGAUGCAUCUCCCGUGACGCCGCUUGCUGCUCUUCCUUGAUCAUGAUGACUCUGCAUACUUUAAGGACUCGACAGCAUUGAGCGGAUGCCAGUGU